GGAAGGGGGCGGGAUUUCGAAGAUGACACAGACCCUAGAGUGCUCGAAAGCAGUGCGAAGGAAGCUUUGUGUAAUUUUCAGCAAGGAAUCUGUGUUAGCGAGACCUCAGCGGUUCACUGCAGCUAACUGGCAGGACUACCCAUGUUAUAAACCUUGAGCUAGAAGACACAUCUCUAUGGUCAAGUACACAUAGAGCGGUCCUUUCUUCCCCACGUGGUGGGGCUGCGCAUGAGCAGUAGCCGGUAGCCACAGCUUUGGAAACAUGGCGGAGCAAGAGCAAAGAAAAAAGAUUCCUUUGGUUCCAGAAAAUCUCCUGAAAAAGAGGAAGGCAUAUCAGGCCCUUAAAGCCACUCAAGCGAAGCAGGCACUUUUGGACAAGAAGGAGCAGAAGAAAGGAAAAGAGGUCAAGUUUAAGCGACUGGAAUGGUUCCUACAUGAUUCCUGGCGGCAGCAACGCGACAGGGUGCGCCUCAGACGACUAGAAGUGAAACCUCACGGUUUGGAAGUGCCGGAUAAACAUUCCUUGGCCUUUGUUGUACGCAUCCAAAGGAUUAAUGGGGUGAGUUCGCUGGUGCAGAGGACCAUUGCAAGGCUUCGCCUGAAGAAGAUUUUCAGUGGUGUCUUUUUCAGAGUGACCCCCCAGACCAUAAAAACGCUGCGUAUAGUGGAACCGUAUGUGGCCUGGGGAUUUCCAAAUCUGAAGUCUGUCCGGGAACUCAUCUUGAAACGUGGACAAGCCAAGGUCAAGAAUAAAACCAUCCCUUUGACAGACAACACAGUGAUUGAGGAGCACCUGGGGAAGUACGGUGUUAUUUGCUUGGAAGACCUCAUUCAUGAAAUUGCCUUUCCGGGGAAGAAUUUCCAGGCCAUUUGUGACUUCUUACGUCCUUUCCAUCUCUCAGUGGCCCGUCAUGCUACCAAGAAUAGAGUGGGCUUUCUCAAGGAGGUGGGCUUACCAGGCUAUCGAGGCGAACGCAUCAAUCAGCUCAUUCGGCAGCUGAAUUAAACCCAGAAUAUCUGAAAGCACAGCACAUUGGAGGUGUGUUUUGUCUUUUGGAAUUGUUAUCAGUAUCUUCAAAGAAGAUAUUUUCUGCUAUACCUUCAGAAACUAGAGGGCGGGGGGGGGGGGGGGAGUCGAGGAAAAGAUGAUGACGUUCUUGGCAGGCAUGUCUCAUCACAGCCCAGUUCCAAGAAAAAAUGCCAGUGUGUUUUCCACGUUGACUACACUGUCACCCCAUAAGUCAGCAGAGGACUCAUGCCAUGGAAGAGAGAAUCCUGCUACGUCACAUCUUCCAUUCUGGGGUUUAAUGUUAGUAAACGAGUAUCCAAGCAUGAAUACAAGACAGCAGUGGGCCACGCUCAGGGACAUACUUGAACCUGGGGGUUCUUGGGGCUUUGUUUUGGAAGGAAUUUAAAAUAUAGUUACAAAGAAGAGCACAAACACGGUUCUCAGUUGUCUCUGCUGUGAGUCUGUUCUGACUUUUCAGUGACCGCUUUGUGAGCUCUCAGACUUGGCUGGCCUGAAGUGUAUCUGGUGGCUUCCUUAUCAUAGCCUGCGGUCGAUUUAGUCCUUUUCUCUAGCUCAGGAUUUUAACCUUUUCUUGGGUCUAUGAGAAGGGAAGGACCCUUUUCCCAGGAAAAUACAUACACUCAAAUUAUUGCUUGGAAAUUUUUAUGUUCAUAGAUUUCUCUUAGGGACCAUGCACCUUAUGUGAGGAAGUCCUGCACUAUCUGGAUUGACCACCUGGGCCCUGACCUUGUUAGUCUCCUCAGGUCCCAUGUCCUGUGGAAGACCAAAGCUUACCAAGAUAGCUUUUUCCCUUGGAGCCAAUUGGGUAUUUCCUAUUAGGGUCACAGUAGUGGAUCCCGGAGCCCUCUGUACCAUCUGCCUCAGGGAAAUGCUCCCCAUUUAUUUCUGCUGGGCUUCAAGAUGGGAUGUUCUUGGUUUGGCAUGGAUGAAAUUAGUACUAUUAGGUCUUUUAGGCCCCAGGCAGCCUUUAUUGAACCCUCUCCUUGCAUAGUCUAGACUCCAAAAGUAUUGCUCUCUACCCUGCUGGUAACCAUGUAUAGACCACCACUAGGGCUCCUGGGGACAUAGACCUAGAAAGGGAAUCUGAUCCUGCUUGUGUUUUAUCAUCAGUGCCCCCCUCCUAGGUGGGCCUUCCUCUGUUCCUGUCACGUCAUUGCCUCAAUUGCCAUGUGAGAAGUUGGUGAGUGUGCCAGGCAUAGGUUAAGACUUGAAAAUGUUUAACCACUGUGUCCCCUGGUCCCUUAUGAUCAGCUUUGCUGCACUUUUGGCUCAUGGGGCCCUCAAACACAGCUGUGAGGUUGAGUUAGAACAAUGCCUUAAAAUGCGCCAGGUUAUGAGGUAAUUAAUUAGGUUGGUUGGCUCAAGAAUUAACCUGCCAGGAAUAGAUGUUAGAGCUUACUCAUAUUUUAAAGCAUUGUGAAAUCAAAUUACUUUAAGAUGACGUAUCAAAAGCCAUGGGAAAAGAGCAUUUGUGAAUGUGGAUGCCCAGGGUUUCUACUGCAGGUACGUUUUAUAAUAAAUACAGGAAGGGGACACCUGGGUGUCCUGAUUUCUACUUAGGUCAUGAUUCCAGGGUCAUGGGAUUGAGCCUCACUUCAGGAUCCACGCUGAGUGUGGAAACUACUUAAGAUUCUCCGUCUGCCCCUCUCCCAUGCUCUCUACCCCACUCCCCUUUCUCUGGGAGGAAAAAAAAAAGCUAAAUACAAGAAAAACGUUUCCAUUCUUGCCUGCAAAAUGGAACUAAUGAAGCAUGUGUGCCUCACACAGUUGUUCAAAAGGUUAAGCAAAAUAACCAUUAACUCGGAAUUCUAUGUAUAUAAAUAAGUUAUAAAAAAUGUACUGCUGGGGUGCCUGGGUGGCUCAGUCGAUUAACCAUCCAACUUUGGCUCAGGUCACCGUCUCGCCCUUGGUGAGUUGGAGCCCUGCAUCUGGGUCUGUGCUGACAGCUCAGAGCCCGGAGCCUGCUUUGGAUUCCGUGUCUCCCUCUCUGCCCCUCUCCCGCUC